GCACCCUGGAAUCGUCUCUCCAUUGUGUUUGGGACUUUCCGUUUGGGUGCUGCUAGUGUCGCGCUGCCUAAAAGAAACCCCAGAAAGAGUGGUUGGCGUUUGACCGCUGGAGGGACUCUGUCAAGAUGUCUUCUCCCAGCGCAGGAAAAAAGCGAAUGGACACGGACGUCAUCAAACUGAUUGAGAGCAAGCAUGAAGUGACAAUAAUGGGAGGUCUCAAUGAGUUUUCAGUCAAGUUUUAUGGACCAAAAGGCACACCAUAUGAGGGUGGGGUGUGGAAGGUGCGAGUGCACCUGCCCGAGCACUACCCGUUCAGAUCCCCCAGCAUUGGCUUUAUGAACAAGGUGUACCACCCAAACAUCGACGAGGUGUCUGGCACUGUUUGCCUGGAUGUCAUCAACCAGGCCUGGACAGCCCUGUAUGAUCUCUCGAACAUCUUCGAAUCAUUUCUGCCUCAGCUGCUUACCUACCCAAACCCGAUAGAUCCGUUAAACGGGGACGCGGCAGCGUUGUACAUGCACAAGCCUGAAGAGUACAAGAAAAAGGUCAUCGAGUACGUGCGUCGCUACGCCACGGAGGAGGCGCUGGCGCCGGCCGAGCCCGCCGACGCCGACGCGUCCUCGGUCAGCGGCAGCGAGUCGUCCAUGUCCGACUUCUCGGAGGACGAGGCGCGCGACAUGGAGCUAUAACGGGCGGCUCCGGGCGGCCGCGCAGCUGGGACGGCAGGCGUGCUAAGUGGCGUCCGCCGCCGGCUGGGCCCGACCACGCAGCCCACCUACACUGCAGGACCGGCGAGGCGUCGGCGGUCGGACACCAGCGCACGGCGCGGCGCGCUCUUCACGGCACCGACUCCGUGCCACACGAGAGCGGCUGAGAACACUGCUCCUCCGUAGCGCGGAGCACCGCCCUGGACGAAGUCCUCUGAGGAGGGCUGGGGUCAGGUCAGCCGCCCGGUCCCAGUGCGCCGGGUGUGCCGCCCGCGGCUGCGUCUUAAGCGCUGGACCUCCGCCGGGCCGGGCGCGGCAGAGGCCGUCGGUCGGUAGAUAAGCUUGUUGGGGGUUGGGCGCGGGUAUACGGCCGUACCGCGCCAGGUGUCCUGUCUCGGUCAGCGGCGUGACCGAGGGUCACCGGCCCCGAGUGUGCUCCGCUCACCCCCGUGUUACGCUUCACCGUCCCACCGCGACUUGGGAGAGCAGCAGGACGCGCUGCUCUCUGGACGGCCUUUCCUUAGUCGCUGAUCUCGUAUCCCGAUCCUGCGGGCCUUGUCCUGGUAAGACGUUUUACCUUGUUUUACAGCCUGGCAGCGUGCGACGGCGUGUGGCGCGAAAAAAAAAUUGGUUCGUUUCGACCAAGCCUUUGUUGCCGAUUGGUAGUUCGCUGCCAUUCGAUUAAAAUUAAGCAGUGGACAUCUCGGAUGGAUAAAGUUAUCAAACUUAUUGAUAAUCAUUCGGUACAUGCACAAUGGCUCAGCAUGACAUGUGCUGCCCCAAAUGUCAGUCUGGUCUUCCGUCAACCGUCAAACGUUCAAGUGCCGUCAAGCUUUAAUACCAAUGAAGCCACACCAGGGGCGCAGGCAAGGAGGAGGCAGGCCCCCGGCGCCCUCAGGCUUGCUUUUUUGACCAUAGAUGGUUUCCGAAAGGAAAAAAUAGCGUGGUGCGCACUAACUCAGCUCCCUUUUCAUCCCCACCCCCCAAGGAAAUCAUGGCUGCACUCCUGAACCGCAUCCUUUCCUUUUCGGUCGUGCUUGGGCUGCAAUAAUGCCAUGUUUACCAAUAAAACAGUGUGAUAACACAUCACUUACAUGAGAGAAAGUAUUGCAUAAACCGC